AUGAAUUACAGUAAUAACAACAUGAAUACCGCAGGUUUUAAUAAAGGAGAUGACGACAGAACUGUUUAUGUAAGAAAUAAUUACAUGUCUAACGUAAACGAAUCACAAACUUAUAAUAACCAGGGGAAUAAUAUACAAAUUGAGGAAAAUUCUAACGCACACAUAUUUAACCAAAUGAGAAACAAAAGGGAAGCGAAUAUGAAUUUGAUGGCACCAGCUGGAAGUGGAAAUGGAGGAAAUAGAAAUUUUUAUGAAGGGAAUGCAAAUAACGAUGGUUAUAUGAUGGAAGACGAAGGUGCAGUAAGAAGUCAUGAAAAUAGUGUGACAGGGGGAGGAUAUGUAAAUUAUGCUGGAAAUAGUAAUAGCAAAAACAACAAUAACAAUAUAGUUGUAGGAAAUCAAGAAAAUUAUAAAAAAAAAUUGGGGAAUAACAAUUAUCAUGAAAAUAAAAAUAAUGAAAAAAAUUAUGCUGUGACACAACAUCAACAUAAAAACGGAGUAGUAGGAGGAGAUGGAAAUUUCAUGAAUAGAGAUAACAUGAAUAAAAAUAAAAUUGAAAAUGGAAUGAUUUCGAGCAAUAUGGAAACAAACAGGGGGAAUAAUAACCCAAAUAAUAACGACAAUAGCAAUAAUUAUAAUUAUGAAAAACCAAGAUAUAAACCACCUAUGCUUAGAAACCAACCAAACACAAACAGAAGCAAUUUUGUCAGAAUGAAUUAUAAUAAAGGAUCAGUUGGAGGAGGAAAUCCAGCAUUUAGUAGAAAUUACAAUAUACCAAAAACGGCAUGGGCAAAUCGAGAUAACAGAAGAUAUUACCCAGAAAAAGAAGAAGAAAUAUAUUCCAAUGUGAAGAGUGAAAAGGGUGUGAAUUUUGACAUGUAUGACAGUAUACCAGUAGAAAUUAAAGGGUUUAAUAGUGAAAAUAUUAUACCAAUUGACAAUUUCGAUGAUGCAGGAUUAAAUUUACAUGAGAUAUUAUUAUCCAAUAUAAAAAAAGUAAAUUACGAUAAAACAACCCCAAUACAAAAGUACAGUUUAAGUAUAAUUAUGAAUAAGAAUGAUUUAAUCGGGGUUGCUCAGACAGGUAGUGGAAAAACAGCAGGAUAUUUAUUACCAAUUAUUAAUCAUAUGCUAUUAAAUGAUCCACCAAAACAUAGUUUCUAUGAAGAGAAUCAAAAAAGUUCGAAUUAUUACUAUAACAGGGUUUGUUUACCUAUAUGUUUAAUUUUGGCACCUACGAGAGAAUUAGCAGUACAGAUUUUUUAUGAUGCCAAAAAGUUUUGUUUCGAAACAGGAAUUAAACCAGUAGUUUUGUAUGGAGGCAGUAAUAUCAAAACACAAUUAUCGAAUUUAGACAAAGGGGCAGACAUCAUAGUUGCGACACCUGGAAGAUUAAAUGAUAUUUUAGAAAAAGGAAAAAUUAGAUUAUUUCUCACUUCCUUUUUAGUAUUAGAUGAAGCAGAUAGAAUGUUAGACAUGGGUUUUUCUCCACAAAUAAGAAGUAUAGUUUAUGAUUAUGAUAUGCCAGGAAAUGAUAAUGAUUCUCAUAUGAAUCCAAACAAAAUGGAAUAUAAGAAAUAUUGUAAUUAUAUUGUGAAAAGACAAACAAUUAUGUUUAGUGCUACAUUUAGAAAAGAAAUACAAGUGUUAGCAAAAGAUUAUUUAUUCAAUUAUACCUUUUUACUAGUUGGUAAAGUUGGUAGUACAAAUGAAUAUAUUAAGCAAAACUUGAUAUACAUAGAAGAAGAAAACAAAUGUAACUAUCUGUUAAAAUUAUUAUCAGAAAAUAAUAACGGUUUAACAAUUAUAUUUGUUGAAACAAAAAGAAAAGCAGAUAUAAUUGAGAGAUUUCUAAAUAAUCAAAAAUUAAAUGCUGUCUGUAUACAUGGUGAUAAGAGUCAAGAUGAAAGAGAGAGGGCUUUGAAAUUAUUUAAAAGGGGAAUAAAAAAUAUGUUAGUGGCAACUGAUGUAGCUGCUAGAGGGUUGGAUAUAUCAAAUAUUAAACAUGUAAUUAAUUUUGAUUUACCUAGUAAUAUAGAUGAUUAUAUUCAUAGAAUUGGAAGAACAGGGAGAGCUGGGAACAUCGGAAUUGCAACAUCAUUUGUUAAUGAUGAUAAUAGAAAUAUAUUUAAAGACUUGUUAGCAACGUUGGAAGAAUGCAAUCAAGCAAUACCUCGUUGGUUUCUCAAUUUAGUCAUGAGAUACACAGCGAGUGCUAAAUCCAAUCGAAAUUUUAGAUAUAAUAAGUCUAGCAAAGGGAAGGGAAAUUAUUCAAGGUAUAACAAUAAUAGUAACUUUGGAUUUAGUAGCAAUAACAAUAGUGGAGGUGGAAAUCACCCAUUUAACAACAGUUCAUAUAAUCAGCAUUCUCCAUUUAGUAGUAGCCAUCUUUUCAAUAAUAACAACAACCAACAUGGCUUUGGGAAUAGUAGCGGAUUUUCCAGCAGUCCUUUUAAUAAUAACAACAGUAACAUGUAUGGACAUAGCAGUUAUAACAACAAUAACGACAGUAACCCCUACAACAACAAUUCUGGUACCGUGAAUCCAUUCAUGAGCAGUAGCAACAAUAAUAACAAAUUUAACAGUAACUAUGGUAACAAGAAGUUUGAUGAUCAAAUGUUCCAAAGAUCGAAUUUUCAAGGCGCUGAUGAAAAUGUAGAUGGUUGGUAA